CCGGACGUACUCUGUAAAGCCGAGAGUUACUUCCUGCUCUCCGGUUUGUUUCAUCAGCCACACGAUUCUUGCUGGAGGUGACAGAAGAGCUUCUCCUCAGGCUUCACGAAAAUGGGAGACCCUGUCACCAAGUACACGGCCCGACUGCAGCAACAGGAGCAGGAGAUCCAGAAUUUGUCUGCAGAGAUUAAGAGUCUGGAAAACACGCAGAACCUGAGUCCAUCUCCACAUCUGGAAGAGCUGCGGGAGGAAAACGCCCGAUUGAAGUACCGCCUCAACAUCCUUGAGAAGAGUCUGCAAGAAGAGUCGCUGACUCACUCCAGCAAAUCCAUGAUAAACAUCAAUCAGCAGCUUCAGCAGAUUUUUGUCAAGGCUAUCCGGGCCUCCUGUCCCGAGCUCGACAACCCGCCGCUCUUAAUCACGCCGAGCCAGCAGGCCAAGUUUGGAGACUACCAGUGCAACAGUGCCAUGAGUAUGGCCCAGAUGCUGAAGGCUAAGGGGACAAAGGUGAACCCGAGGGAAAUUGCAGAGAACAUCAUCCAAAAUCUUCCUGACAAUGAAAUCAUCCAGAAAACUGAGAUCGCAGGACCAGGCUUCAUCAACAUCCACCUGAAGAAGGCAUUUGUGUCCAGACUGUUGAGCAACCUGUUGAUCAAUGGAGUGCAGCCCCCACCGCUGGCAUCCAAGAAGAGGGUGGUGGUGGAUUUCUCCUCUCCAAACAUUGCCAAAGAGAUGCACGUGGGUCACCUGCGCUCCACCAUCAUUGGGGACAGCAUGUGUCGCCUGUUUGAGUUUCUGGGCUACGACGUCCUCAGGUUGAACCAUGUGGGAGACUGGGGUACACAGUUUGGGAUGCUGAUCGCUCACCUGCAGGAUAAGUUUCCAGACUACCUGACCGUCUCCCCUCCCAUCAGCGACCUGCAGGCCUUCUACAAAGAAUCGAAGAAGCGCUUCGACGGCGAGGAGGACUUUAAGAAACGGGCGUACCAGUGUGUCGUGAAACUGCAGAGCAAAGAGCCAGACUUCAUCAAAGCCUGGAACCUCAUCUGCGACGUUUCCAGGAAAGAGUUUCAGAAGGUUUACGACUGCCUGGACAUCCACCUUAUCGAGAGAGGAGAGUCGUACUACCAGGACAUGAUGAUGGAGGUGGUGAAGGAGUUUGAGGAGAAAGGCCUGGUACAGCUUGACGAGGGUCGUAAGAUCGUCUUCGCCCCAGGUCAGUCCGUCCCCCUCACUGUUGUCAAGUCAGAUGGUGGCUACACCUACGACACGUCGGACCUCGCGGCCAUACGUCAGCGAAUCUUCGAAGAGAAGGCCGACAUUAUCAUCUACGUCACAGACAGUGGGCAGAGCUCGCACUUCCAGUUGGUGUUUGGAGCAGCUCAGAUGAUCGGCUGGUACGACCCCAACGUCACCCGGGUGGAGCAUGCUGGCUUCGGAGUAGUGCUGGGGGAGGACAAGAAGAAGUUUAAGACUCGGUCUGGAGACACGGUGAGGCUCAUGGACCUGCUGGAGGAGGGACUGAAGAGGUGCAUGGACAAACUGAAAGAGAAGGAGCGAGAUAAGGUCCUGACUCCAGAGGAGCUCACCAAAGCUCAGAGGGCCGUCGCUUUCGGCUGCAUCAAAUACGCCGAUCUCUCCCACAACCGCAUCAACGACUACGUCUUCUCGUUUGAUAAGAUGCUGGAUGACCGGGGCAACACGGCAGCGUAUCUCCUCUACGCCUUCACUCGUAUCAGGUCCAUUGCUCGUCUGGCCUGCCUUGAUGAGACCACGCUGAAGAAGGCGGCAGAGAACACAGAGGUCCUCCUGGACCACGAGAAGGAGUGGAAGUUGGGCAAGUGCAUUCUACGGUUCCCAGAGAUCCUGCAGAGGAUCCUGGAUGACCUGCUCCUCCACACGCUGUGCGACUACCUUUACGAGCUCGCCACCACCUUCACUGAGUUCUACGACAGCUGCUAUUGUGUGGAGAAGGACCGGCAGACGGGGGAGAUCAUUAAGAUCAACAUGUGGAGGAUGCUGCUCUGUGAAGCCACGGCAGCCAUCAUGGCCAAAGGCUUUGACAUCCUGGGUAUCAACCCAGUCGAGAGGAUGUGAUGUCCAGUUUCAGUCCAGAAUAAGGGGAAGCCUGAAAACAAACCCUGUCAGUGUGAACUCAGUGGACUUGAAGAAUUAUUUUUCCAUAACAGUUAUUAUAUCCAACAGGGAAGGGUAAAAUCAUUGUACUCUGUUCAUUAAUUAACAUCUCAUGUGAGGGAUAUUUUUAUUAAAGAAUCAUUAUGAGACCAAAAUAA